AUGUUUUCUUUUUUUCAGAUGGAAAACUAUGACAAGGUUCGGACCGAGGAGGAGAAUUUAAAUACAGGAAAUAUUCCAAUCCUAUCACUUCCUGCAGAACAUGGCUGGUUACUGGUUGGUGGGCAUGCAAAGAUAACCAAGCUAUUGGAGCCAGCUCUUAAUCUGCUUUUAGGAGAGGGAGCCAUAGUUAUCGCUGGCUCAGGUUCAAACACAUCCAAGGUGAUUUCGUUAGUAGAAUUGUUGCGGAAAGAAAUAAAGAAAACAGUUUAUUCAGUUGUUAAACAUGGUACUAGGAAAAUAGAUGACUAUUGGAACCCUUUAAUAGGUAAGAAAAUUAGAUCUAUUUCAAAAAUAAGUCAGAAGCUAUUUUGUAUACAUCAGUUUAUAAAUUAUGUUUUUCACCUGUUUUUACCAAAAUACGUCUUAAAGUGUUUAGAGACAUGAUCCUUAUCAGGCGCGUACACAGGAUUUUAGCCAGGGGGGGCAAGAUUUUUUUGCC